UUAAGCGUGAAAGUCGACCGGAAAUUAAACAACAUGGCGAGUUGCGGGGAACCAUCCCGAUCGCCGGAGGCAACGGCGGAGGACGUACCGGCGGGCCUCACGGCGGAGGAGUACGCGGAUCUACGUCCCAGGAUCGAUUCCCACCACCGGUACCGCGUGGGCCCUGGGCAGUGCUCCUCGCUGCUGGCCCAGCGCAUCCGCGCCCCCGCCGCGGCGGUCUGGUCGGUGGUCCGGCGAUUCGACAGCCCGCAAGUCUACAAGCACUUCAUCCGCAGCUGCGCCAUCAGUGGCGGGGCGGGGGAGGAAAUCCGGCCGGGGUGCCUCCGCGAAGUGAGCGUCAUCUCUGGGCUGCCCGCGAGCACCAGCACCGAGCGGCUCGACGUCCUCGACGAGGACCGGCGCGUGUCGGGAUUCACCAUCGUCGGCGGAGAGCACCGCCUCCGGAACUACCGAUCUGUCACCACCGUCGACGAGCUCCGCGGCGGAGGGGGCCAGAUCCGUGCGGUCGUGCUGGAGUCCUACAUCGUCGACGUGCCCGAAGGAAACACGGAGGAAGACACCCGGCUCUUCGCCGACACCGUCGUGCGCCUCAACCUCCAGAAACUCUCCUCCGUAGCGGCGGCCGCGGCCGCCGCAGAGUAGCGGCGGCGGAGCUGAGGCAGCGAAAUAGGGUAUUUUCUACGGGAAAAUUACAGAAACAUCCUUCUAUUUUGCUGCAAUCGCAGAAAACCUCUCUGCUGUUCAUCUUCUGCAUCAAACUUGGACGUUUCAAUAAUUCUCCCCCAUCUCUCUCUCUUCUUUGUUUCCUUUUCAAACUUUGAAUCAAAAAAGAGAAAUCUUUUUUCUCCAAAUGAUCUCUUUGUUCAUAGUUUUUAUUUUAUUAUUAUUGUUAUUAUUAUUUUUUCUGCAUUUUGUGAAUUAGGAAUUGCUGAUGAAUCUCAAUCUCUUAAUUAGGAGUUGGACUUUCAUAAUCUCUUGCCAUAAAUGAGUUUGUAUUUCUCUUCAAUAUUGUA